AUGGACCAAAGUCGCGUCCCUCACCACCCCGACCGCGUGGCCACCAUGUACGGCGAACUCGGCAACAAAUUGGUCCAACAUGCCAAACGCACCCAAUCACUCGCCCACCUCCCCCCUUAUCAAACCGAGAUCGUACGCGCAGUAACUCGCGAAGUCCGUGAUCUUGACCGGGAUGUUACCCGACUUUUAGAGCCCUUCGAGGGUGGCUUCAACCCUUCCGCGGAUCCAGCCAUUGCGUGUGCCCUGCUUGUCGACCAUCUGUGCAUGCGCCGGAAUAAGCGCUGCCUGUUAGCGUAUCACCGCGUGCGCACCGAGAAACUCGAAGAGCUGUGCUGGACAGGCGUGGAUAUUCUAGAGCAGCAGCAGCCGUCCGAGGCCAACGGGGCGGCUCAGCACACGGCUUUCGGGGUUAGCGGACAUAGUUCGCUGAGUCCCGAGGAGGAAGAGUAUUUCCGCCAGUAUGGGGACAUGCUUGCUGCAUAUAAAGGGCAGUGGACGGAUAUUGAUCUGACGGGGACCCUGGAGCCACCGAAGGAUUUGUUUAUUGAUGUGCGGGUGCUGAAGGAUGCUGGAGAGAUCCAGACUGAAUAUGGUGUGAUCAACUUGACCAAAAACAGUCAGCUCUACGUUCGACAGGGUGAUGUGGAGCGGUUAAUUGCACAGGGAUUCCUGGAGCGAUUGACUUGA